CUGGAAUGCCUCGUAUUAGUGUCAUCAAUCUUAUCUGAAAUGUUGACUGGACAAAAUAUUUAGUUUUACGACAUUCAAUUAUCCUUCACUAUCGUAAAAAAGAUUUGGCGCCAAAUAAAAAUUCUCCAAAAAUGUCUGAGUACGAUCGUGAAACAUUGCCCGAUUUACUGCCAUUGUACUACAAACGUUUGUUCCCGUAUGGACCAUACUACAGAUGGUUGCACUACGGAGGGGUGCCCAAGACAUACUUCAAGAGGCGUGAAUUCUCAUUUACUUUGAAAGAUGACAUCUACAUCAGAUAUCAGUCAUUCUCUGACCAGAAUGAGAUGGAGAAAGAGAUACAGAAGCGGUGUCCAUAUAAGAUUGAUAUCGGGGCAGUCUUUUCACAUCUUCCCAAAGAACACAACUGCGUCAAAGCAUCAGCAUUCAUUGCUCAGGAGAAAGAACUUGUGUUUGAUAUUGAUAUGACAGACUAUGACGAUGUCAGAUAUUGUUGCUCUGGAGCGGACAUUUGUCAUAAAUGUUGGCCUUUGAUGACUAUGGCUAUUAAAAUACUAAACAGAGCGUUGACAGAGGAUUUUGGUUACAAGCAUUUGUUGUGGGUCUACUCUGGUAGGAGAGGAAUACAUUGCUGGGUGUGUGAUGAGGGUGCUAGGAAACUCAGCCAGAUGGGACGCUCUGCGGUCUCUGAGUAUCUACAGGUUGUCAAGGGAGGAGACAACCAAACAAAGAAAGUGACUCUCUUUGAAAGAUCCCAUCCCUCAAUACAAGCAGCACUUGAUGUCAUUAAAGAAGAUUUUGUAAAUUACGCAAUAAAACAACAAGAUUUUCUAGGGGAUGAUGAAAAGUGCAAAAAGUUGAGAGAGAAUAUGGCGGAGAAAUUCCAAAGUAAGGACGCACAGACAUCCAUUUUGCGAUGGGAACUGCUGAAAUUGAUGGUGGCAAAUGUCCAAGCAAAGGGUCACAUGAGUAAAUCGUGGCAUCUCCCUGAGGAGAUCAUGCUUCAGUUCUGCUACCCUCGUCUGGAUAUCAACGUCAGUAAAGGGGUGAACCAUCUGCUCAAGUCCCCAUUCUGUGUACAUCCCAAGACUGGGAGGAUCUGUGUGCCCAUUGAUGUUGAAGAUGUCGAUGAUUUUGACCCAAUGGCUGUUCCACGUAUCAGCGACAUCUGUGAGGAACUCAACAACAUUGAAAAAUCUGAUGAUGAAGAGAAAAGAAAAAUCAGAGAUUACAAAAGGACAAGUCUGAAGGGGCCUGUACAGAUAUUUGAAGACUUCUUGACAAAACUUGAGAAAUCUUGGAAAGGAAAAUUGAUUGAGCAAAGUGAUAUGAGAAAAGAAUUCUAGCCUACAACUACCAGUGUUCUUUAAUAUGAUUGGAAACAGAGCAACUGACAAUUUGAUGUGCAAGAGACAACAACAUGGACUAAGUUGACAGGUGUGAUGUUGAUGUUCUAAAUUGUAUAGACUGCCAAAAAGUCAUUUCAAGCAAGAUCAGAAAGUGAUGAAUAUGUAUAACCACAAGGACAUUUUCCAAAUGGCAAGUGGUUCAAUUGGACACUCAACAUCUGAGAGAAAUUAUUAUAACUGAGCACCCUCCCUAGCUGGCUCUUCCAUCGAUUGAACUUUGUGAUGAAGAGUUUAAGUACAUUUUAGCUCAGAGGAAAUCGAUUUUAACCUGUUUUUGGGGCACAAUGUCAAAUUAGCGAGAAACAAAUUGAACAUUUGGAUAUGCAAAUAUGUAAAUAAUACACAACUUUUAAAUUUGUAAAUAAUCACAUGUAGGUGUAUAUAACGUCCUU